UUUACCAAUCCUACUAAAGAGAUGCAGCUCCUCCGGGACCAGAACCGUCAAUUGAUGGAAAAAAUUGAAGUUAUGGCGGACAAACUAGCCGAAGUCGCCGCUCUCGUUAAGGUGCAGGUGAAGGGAGAGCAUGUGGAGGAGCUUGAUAUGUUCGAGGAGCUCAUGACCCCUCAGCUAAAAGAUGCUUACAUCAAACAAGUUUGGAAGCUGCUCGAGAAGGACCAAUUGUCGAGGUGCCUGAAAAGUGUGCUGGACGAGCAGAUUGUGAAAGGCUACAACCUCGACGGGACUUGCGGCAAGAAAAGUCUGAGAUCCCGGACUGGGCUCUAUUCGGUUCUCACCGGAAAGACGAAAUUAAAGAGCCUUGCGGAUGAAUAA